AUGGCUACGUCCAAAGCAAAGAAGGCUGCAAUCAAGGCGGAAAAAAUGAACUUUUUCGGCCACAAAUCCUCCUCCACGUUGGAGACCAUGCGGGCGGCAGAGCACGAGGGCGCGGAGGGUAUGGCACCCAGUCCGCCGCCGACAAUGCCGGAUGACUCCCAGGCUAUAGACUGUCUAACACGGAGUCACUUUGAGCAGGCUAUGGAUGCAAUGGCAAAAAAAUUGAUUUUUACGUGGCAGGCGACGGCCGAUCAAAUUAAAAAGGAGGUGAGAGACCUGUCAUCCAGGACCUCCGCAGUGGAACAGCAUUACCAGGAGCUUGCCUCAGCGCAAACUACAGUCUCAGAGCACUUACAGGCGCUGCGAUGCAGAAUGGAAAAUAUGGAAAUGCGAAUGGCGGACUACGAAGACAGGGCACGCAGGAAUAACCUACGGCUCCGGGGAGUACCUGAAACAGUCCUCCCCGACGACCUGCAAGCCUACGCACGAGGCCUCAUGAGGGCAUAUGCCCCAGAUAUACCUGCGGACAUGCUCUUGAUAGACAGGAUCCACAGGGUGGCGAAGCCAAAAAACCUGCCAGACUCCAUACCGCGAGACGUCCUACUUAGAGCUCAUUAUUUCCACAUUAAAGAGCUAGUCCUCCGCUCUCACCGCAGCAGAGAAAGCCCUCACGCGGACUUUCCAGCAGUGCGCAUCAUGGCGGAUAUAUCAUCGGCCACUCUCCGCCGCAGGAAGGACUACACUCAGACCACUACAGCACUCCGCAACCACGGCAUACGCUACAGGUGGGGAUUCCCCACGAAGCUAAUCCUCUCCAGACAAGGGAAGACGGUCGUCAUUUCAUCGCCAGAGGAGGGCAAGCGUUUCCUGGAAAAAUGGGGACUACUGAAGGAGCCCCCGGAGGAGACCCGUCCCGUCAAUUGCAGCUUAAGCCGCACCAUAGACAUGAACUGA